GGGUUUUGGUCUUUAUCUCUUACUGACACUGCACCCAGUUCCACAAAACGCCCCUUGCCUACUCUUUUCCAGCAGCUCAACCUAACCUCACUUCACCAAAGCUUUCCCCAAUCUUCUCCUGUAGUCCAACACGCCACACAGCAAUCCCACGCACCUGUUUCGAGUCCCUUCCCCACAAGAAGAAUCGGCACAGACCCUGUUCUCCUUACUCACGGCCACCGCUCUGUCCAUAUUAGCUGAAUCAAGUCAAUCGGUCCAUCCCUCCAUUGCGCGGCCGCAACACUGAAUCUCCAUCAGGUUUGUCACUCCACCGUCAAGUCUUCUUUCAUCAACACGCUACCAGUUGAGGCAUUGCAGCUUGACUAGAUUUCCACCUCGUCACUCCCUGCUCAGAUUGUGCACUCUAUCUGGGCUUAGUGUUAGGAAUGGUAGGACUCUCAGUUGGAGAAAAGCAUUUCAUACAGGGUGGCAUUAAUCAAAAUCUCCGCUCUGAUGGUCGAAAACGAGAUACCUAUCGACCCAUUUUUGUUGAAACUGGAGUCAUCCCUCAGGCAAAUGGCUCGGCACGAAUCAGGAUGGGUGCAACAGAGGUUAUUGCUAGUGUGAAGGCUGAGCUUGGAAGGCCAAGUGCAUUGCAGCCUGACAAGGGAAAGGUUGCUAUAUUUGUCGAUUGUAGCCCAGUUGCAGAACCAACAUUUGAGGGCAGAGGCGGCGAGGACCUAUCAACAGAACUUUCAGUUGCUCUUCAGCGUUGUCUCCUAGGUGGUAAAAGUGGGGCAGGUGCUGGGAUUGAUCUAUCAUCUCUAGUAGUUGCAGAAGGAAAAAUUUGUUGGGAUCUUUAUAUUGAUGGCCUUGUUGUCAGUUCAGAUGGAAAUCUUUUAGAUGCUCUUGGUGCUGCAAUUAAGGCUGCUUUGAGCAAUACAGGGAUCCCAAGAGUCCAUGUUACAGCUGCUGCAUCAGGUGAUGAGCAACCAGAGGUUGACAUAAGUGAUGAAGAAUUUCUUCAAUUUGACACAUCGGAGAUUCCUGUUAUAGUUACCUUAACAAAGGUUGGGAGACACUAUAUUGUAGAUGCUACUUCAGAAGAGGAAUCCCAGAUGAGCUCUGCAAUUUCUGUUUCCAUAAAUAGGAAAGGGCAUAUUUGUGGGUUGACAAAACGAGGAGGUGCAGGCAUUGAUCCAAGUGUGAUUUCUGACAUGAUAUCUGUUGCACAAUAUGUAAGUGAGCAGCUGAUUAAUAAAUUGGACUCUGAAAUAUCUGCAGCAGAGGCUGAUGAAGAUGAAUCAUGACACUGCUUAUAUAACCUCAGCUAUCGUUUAAUUUAGCAAGUCUGUGUACUACUUUGUUUAAUGAGCAUUGGGAUAUGAUGAAAUAUCAGUAGAUGAAUAGAAUUAGAAGAGUAUCAUGAUUAGUUAGAUGAUACUAAUUCCUUUUUUGUUGUCAUUUAGGGAAUGAUUGCCAUUUGUUGAGCGAUGAAUGGACUAAUCUAAAGAGGUGUUUGG